ACACACACACACUCCCUUUUCAAGCACUGGAAGGGAGGGAAGCAAGUUAAGUGGCAAGUACAACUCUCCUCUUGAUGCAUUUUCUUGAGUGGGAAAAUUCAGACGCUCUCCAGAAAUUCUGCCAAGGUUGACCCGAAGGCUUUGGGCCAAGACAGUUCUGGCCACCUAAACUGUGGCGUGCAGCCUUAUGGAGGACCUGGGCAAGUCAACUCUGUGGCUGCAGGCCGAGUUGGCCUCUCCUUCUCCGUGCUUGCACAUCCUUGAUUGCCGCAGCCGGGACCUGUACGAUUCGUCCCACGUGGAGCGGGCCCUGAGCGUGGCCCUCCCAGGACUACUUCUGCGCCGCCUUCGGAAGGGGAGCCUGGCGGUCCGGUCCUUGCUGCCUGGGCCCCCUCAGGGGCUCUGUGAGAACAUGGUUCUGCUGUACGAUGAGGGGACAAUCCAGCUCUCUCGGCCGGAUAACCAGGAGGAAGAAGAAGAAUCAGUGCUGCUCACGCUUUUGCAGAAGCUCCGAGAGGAGGGCUGCCUGGCCUACUACCUUCAGGGAGGCUUCAAUAAAUUCCAGGCUGAAUGGCCCCAUCUCUGUGAAACCAACCUGGACACAGCCAGUACCAGCAGCUCUCCGCUUCCUCUGGCGGCUCCCAUUGUGGGGCUGGGAGGCCUGAGCUUAAGUUCAGAUGGCUCGGAUGCCGAGUCGGAGCCCCUAAGCAGCGGCAUGGAGUCUGAAGGCACGAGCCCCCCCUCCUUUCCUGUGCAGAUCCUGCCCAAUCUCUACCUGGGGUGCGCCCGUGAUUCUGCCAACAUGGACACUCUGGCCAAACUGGGGAUCCACUACAUCCUCAAUGUGACUCCGAACCUCCCAAACCUCUUUGAGAAGACGGGCGACUUCCACUACAAGCAAAUCCCCAUCUCAGAUCACUGGAGCCAGAACCUUUCUCAGUUCUUCCCCGAAGCUAUUGAUUUCAUUGAUGAGGCCCUCUCUCGGAACUGCGGCAUUCUGGUGCACUGCCUGGCAGGCAUCAGUCGCUCGGUCACCGUCACUGUAGCCUACCUCAUGCAGAAGCUCAACCUGUCUCUCAACGAUGCCUACGACCUGGUGAAGCGGAAGAAGUCCAACAUCUCGCCUAACUUCAAUUUCAUGGGGCAGCUGCUGGAUUUUGAGAAGUCCCUCGGGCUUAGCCAGGGCAGUCGGCGGCCAGCCUCAGACCAGACCUGCUUCUUCACCUCACCAACCAAUGACAGUGUCUUUGAGCUGGAUCCUACGUAGGAGACAGAAGGGUGCUACGUUUUUUGUCAUUGUCCACCAACACCUCCUUGUUCUUGGUUCUACCUGCCUGCCCCGGUGGCAGAGUCUUCUGGGGCCAACUGAAUACCUCACACUAGAGAGGAGGGAGGUGCUUCUUUCAGGAACAACUGCUACUUCCAGCAAGUACCUUUUGGGUUUUCUGAAAUAUCAACAGCAAUGGUGUCCUUACUAAUCUCACAGCGAGACUUGACGUGGCAACACCAAUAACCAAAGACUCUUCUCCUCCUCCCUUUCUCCCAAGAGCUCUGUACAGACCAAGAAACCCAACACUUUUCGGGGGAGCGGGGUGUAUUUCUGGAAUGUUGGGUCUGUGCAUUGCAGCAUCUCGAACUUGAUCCCGAUCAUCCUCUUUUAAAAUUUAACUAUUUGAAAAGGAACAUGUCAGGGCUGGAACCCUGAUGAUGUUGAUCACCCAUUGAAGGUUUUAUGGUUUUCCUUGGGUUUCUCCUUCUCCAGCCAUUACGAAGAAAUUAGGCAGAGACCUGCAGCUCUCCCAUAGAAAUCUUCUGCGGGCUGGACCUUUGGUGAGAUGGUAGCGCAUUCACCAGCGGCUUUGUUAAGUUCCCACUCCCAAUACCUCCAGAGAUCAAGGCCAAAUGAUGACCUCUUAACUGAUGAAGGCUGCUCUAGAAUCAUGUCUUUCGAUUUGAGAAGUGAGAUGCAGGAACCGUGUAAUUCCAACGUGGUUAUCCUGGAAUGACUAAAAAAUAUAGAAAUUUCAACGCAGAGGCCUGCGUUUGAGAAAUGAAACCACAGACUUUCCCAGAUCCCUCUUGUUAAGACCAGGAUGAAUCAUAGAAUUGAGGAAUCAGUGUAGCAGCUUAUAUAAACAUAACAUCUGAAGAUACCUUAAAAGAACCCUGAGUAGGUCCUGUGGUUACAGGAACUGCAGAAAUGGGUUUGAGAAUCUGAAAUUUUUAAGUUUUUUGAGGCUAGGUGUUUAUGUCACCAGAACAGACUACAAAUGUUCCCGUGUGGGACUCCUUAAAAUCUCCAGAGCUGUGUUCCAGAAUUGGAGCAGGUUCAAAACAUUUGUACGAUAACCUUAACUCUCCCAUUAUUCCCAAAGCUGCAGAUGCUCUCAUCGUCCCCCAAAGCACCUCAUUCAAUCCUCUGUGGUUCGUUCAGGAUUUAGGCAGAGGGAAAUAAAAACUGGUGGGGAGGGGGGGAGCUUUGGAGCAGAAUCACAGUGGGAAGACAUACAUAUUAGAAGCAAAAAUAUUGGUGUUACACAACCCGGUCUUUGGUUAUGGGAGAAAAUAGAGCAGCUCUGCGUUUUGUAUCUGUAUUUGUACAAAUGGUGAGUAUGUACGUAUGUGUGCCUUAAUACUUGCAUGAAAGCAAAGAGACCUGAGAAUGUGUGUACUAGGCAUUUUUUGCAUAGUAUCUGCCUGAAAGGGUUAAUUUCUGCCCACGUUUUAUUCACCCAAUUUCAGUCAGGACCUUUUCAGUGUUGGAGCUCAAAUCCAGGAUCCUUUGAGUUCAUAAUAAAAAGAUAAAACCUCUGAGCAUUGUAGGGAGGGGUAACGUGUUACAGAGAGACAGUGUUUCUUACUUAACAGAGUUUAUUAGGAAGAAAACUGCAGACUUGGCGAUUUCAAAAACGUCAAUAAUUAUCUAAAAUCAUUAACCACUAUGUGUACAUGAUCUGGUCCUUGUGGGCAUGCUGGAAAGAUGUUCCAAGGUGUUCUAGGGAUCUGCAUUUAAGGCUUUCAUUUUAGCCAGGAGUCCAGGAGAACAUUUGUCUGCAAAAUUAAUCUUCCCGAGAGUCUGUUUUCUCAAUGUUUUGCUUCCUUUUUUCAGGAUUUUUCCGGCCUUCGGGCCUAUGGAGAUACAUGCUUAGGGGCAAUGCUUGCUUGAAAUCAUUUGAAAUUGCCGUUAAGCGAGUUUUGAAAACGUGGGGCUUCAGUAACCCUGCAAUGCCUUACGGGUUUUACCCUUGGGUGAAAAUAAAUUAGAAUACAUUGAGAAUAAAUUAUGCAAAGCAGUCAAACUGGCCAACUCUUAUGCAAAAUGACUCUUAUGCAAAUUUGACCAACUAGCACAAAAAUAAGGUUGUUAUUGCAGUAUUCAGGUUUGCUCACAAUUUGUGUUGCCUGAACACCAAACUUUUACGUUACUGUCCGUGCAGGUUACACAUAGUUCUGGCUCCCUGUAUGCUCCAAAGAGUCUACUUGAGUCUCUGUCUUGGAUCUCUGUUUUCAAGUGAAUGUAAAUGACUGGAGAUGGAAGGGGAGUGGACAGGAACUGCCAUUGCCAUGGACAACAACAACAACAACAACAGUUAUUU